UCAAAGCGAACUGUCAAGACCAUGCCCAAAUGUCAAAGUAAUUGCGACGGAAAAGGGGAAAUGUUUUUAAUUUAGAUAUUCUGCUAAUUAAUUAAAAAUGACAUGUUGGAAUAUAUUUGGCAUUAAUUAAAAGACUUUUUUAUUUUUGUUUCUCCCACAUGCAAUUAAUUCGGCGCACGUUUUACAACAAUGUCCACCCCUCUACCACCGCAACAGCAACGUCGUUCUGCUGGUGAGAGUAAAAAAUGUACACCACCGUCAAAUAUACUUACAAGAAACGGUGCACGAAAAGCAAAAAUCCAAACAAGAGCUAUGUCUGCAGGUGCUAAGCCAUCUGCGGUAGUUAUUGCUGCAAAGAAGAAGAAUUUUAAGAAGAAACAAACUAUUGAUACACUGUUAAAGGACUUUUACCAAAUUGCAAUGGAUUCCAAACUUAAAGUCAAGGGUCCAACUGGCCUUGUAACGGAGCCUCGUAUGGCAGAGCACAGGUGUCUGUGGGAUGACAAUUAUCCAGAAUGUCCUGAAAGAUUGAUUGAAGUUUUACAGAGAUGUCGUGAGUUGAAUUUAAUAGAGCAAUGCAAGCAGUAUGCACCAAGAGCUGCAACUAAAGAAGAACUUCUCACCCUACACUCACCGUCUGUGUACGAAACUCUGGAGGCUACACAUCAAAAUAACGAUAUUGAAUAUUUAGAAGAAGUCUCCUCAAAAUAUGAUGCUAUUUAUAUACAUCCUAGUACCCACGAGCUAGCGUUACUCGCUGCUGGUUCUACUAUCGACAUGGUAGACCGUAUUGUAAGUGGUGAGGUGCAGAACGGUGCGGCACUGAUCCGUCCGCCAGGUCACCAUGCCAUGCGCUCUGAGCCCUGCGGAUACUGCUUCUACAAUAACGUCGCGCUUGCAGCCAAACAUGCUAUUGAUAAUAAAGGACUCAGUAGGAUUCUGAUAGUUGAUUGGGAUGUACAUCACGGACAAGCCACACAGCAGAUGUUCUAUGAGGACGACAGGGUGGUAUAUUUCUCUAUCCAUCGUUACGAGCAUGGUACAUUCUGGCCGAACCUGCGUCAGUCUGACUUCAACUACGUGGGCGAGGGUCGCGGCAAGGGGUACAACUUCAACGUGCCGCUCAACAAGACCGGCCUGGGCGACGCAGACUACCUCGCCAUAUGGCAUCAGCUUCUCAUGCCUAUGGCUUUGGAGUACCAACCGCAACUCCUCAUUGUUUCCGCGGGAUUUGACUCUGCUUUGGGCGAUGAAAAAGGUGAGAUGCAAGUGAGUCCUGCAUGCUAUGCGAGCCUGCUGCACUUACUGAUGUGCGUGUGCCCCGCGCUGUGCGUGGUGCUGGAGGGCGGCUACUGCCUCAGCUCGCUGGCUGAGGGCGCCGCGCUCACACUGCGCACGCUGCUGGGACAUCCGCCACCAAUGCUCAUGGAAACUGGAGAGCCUAGUGACUCGAUACGCGAAUCAAUAUUAAAUUGCAUCUACGUGCAGAAGCCAUAUUGGCGUUGCUUCAAGUAUCAGCCUACGUAUCAUGUAGGUAACGUACUGGAUAUCAGCGGGGAAGAGAAACAGAAGCAUAUAGUUGUCCAUAAGUGGGAGGGAGAUGAAACUAGACCUGACAAGUUCGCUACUAGAGACUGCUAUCCGAUACAAGACGCUGAGACAAAGCGGAAGAAUGAAGAUAGAUUGAAUCAUUUAAGGAUAGUAACGGACCUGUCAUUACCUCUGCAUGCUGUGUGCUACAUUUAUGACGAAGCUAUGCUCAAGCAUAAAAAUAUCUGCGAGCCUGAUCAUGUGGAAUGCCCCGAGCGUAUAAUGCGUAUCCACGAGCGUCUCCGCGACUUCGGGCUGCUGCAGCGUCUGCACCCGCUGAGUGCCCGCACAGCCGCAGACCACGAGAUACUGGCCGUGCAUACACAGAACCAUCUAGAUAGAUUAAAAGAGCUAGCGACAACCAAACUACGCUUUCUAAACACCCAGAAAGAUGAUUACAACUCGCUGUAUUUCCACCCGGAUACGCUGGAGAGUGCAGCUGUGGCUUCAGGCUGUGUUUUACAGACGGUAGAUGCAGUGUUGACUAAAGUGGCCGGUGCUGGUGUAUGCGUGGUGCGUCCGCCGGGACAUCAUGCGGACGCGGACGUGCCGAGUGGGUUCUGUUUACUGAACAACGCGGCGAUAGCGGCUAAGUACGCGGCGCAGGCGCACGGUGUCCAGCGACUGCUCAUACUGGACUGGGAUGUACAUCAUGGGAAUGGCACGCAGAACAUCACUUAUGAUGAUAAUAAAAUUCUGUACAUGUCGAUACAUCGGUAUGACAACGGCACGUUCUUCCCUCACUCGCAGGAGGCGGACUACCGCGCUGUGGGGGAGGGCAGGGGGGAGGGGUACAAUGUCAACAUUCCCUGGAAUAAGCGGGGUAUGGGUAACGUGGAGUACAUGGCGGCAUUCACACAAGUGGUGCUGCCCAUCGCAUACGAAUACAAUCCGGAGCUGGUGAUUGUGUCUGCAGGGUUCGAUGCUUGUAUCAAUGAUCCACUGGGAGGUUGUAAAGUGUUGCCAGAAUGCUACGGACGGAUGACACAGAUGCUGAAAGGAUUAGCGGGAGGUAAGAUUAUCCUCUGCUUAGAAGGUGGAUAUAAUAUUGUGAGCACUUCGUACGCUAUGACAAUGUGCACCAAAGCCUUACUCGGAGAUCCAAUAGAGUUUAAUUACAACCCAGAAGAAGAAGUCCACUGGUCCGCUAUUGAAACUAUAAAUAACGUCAUCAAAACUCAACAGAAAUACUGGAAGAGUCUCAAAUUCCAACUAGCCCUACCUAUAAAGAAUAUUCUAGACAAACCAUCACCUUCCAGAGGCUUGGUCAUCAGUAGUCCAGUUCCGCAAAAGUCAGUGUCGAAAGUCACUUCAAAAUCAUCCAAUGGUCUACAGUCAUUGGAAAGUGAUAUGAUGAAUUUGACCAUAAACAAAUGCACGGAUGGUAUACACUGUGGUACUGAUGAUGAAGAAGAUAACCGCACAGAUAAAAAUGCGGGUUGUUCCAAAUCUUCCGGUGAGGGUAGUUCUAAAAGUGCCACAGAUAAAGGUAAAAAAGAGAGUGAGAAACAAACACUUGUGGAUUAUUUAUCAGAGAAUAUGCAGGCUCUGGUGGAUGGGGAGAUGUUUGCAGUGGUGCCUGUGCCGUGGUGCCCACAUUUAGAUGCUCUGUUCGCUAUCCCAGAGUCGGUGAAGUUUGAACAAGGCGUCAAAUGUGUGGAAUGCGAUGAGAAGAAUGAGAAUUGGGUGUGUUUACACUGUUAUGUUACUGCAUGCGGUCGCAGUAUAAACGGUCACAUGCAAGCGCACCACAGAGCAACGCAACACGCGUUAGUCCUCUCCCUGCUCGAUCUGUCCGUGUGGUGUAACGUGUGCGACGCGUACGUCGACAACCCACUGCUCUAUGACGCUAAAAACAACGCACAUAAAUGCAAAUUCGGCGAAGAUAUGCCCUGGUGUUAUAAAACAGAUAUACAUAUGACAUAAUUAAAGUCGCCUGGCUCAUGGACACCCGGACGCCGGAUAAUAAAGGCGCCCGGGCGCCGGUAUAUAAAGGGCACCCACUAACGUACUAUUUUUAGGCGCCCAAUAUGUUAAUACGGCCCUGGUAUCUUGAAUAAUAUGUAUUAUAAUAAAAUUCCAAUUUCGGAUUUCAGCUAUAUUUAACUUACUAGCAUUAUAUUUACAUUUAUAUGUACAGUCGAACCUGGAUAAGAGUCUAAGGGACCACGAUAUUUUUCUCUCAUAUAGAGAGUUCCUUUCUUUCAAGUUUCUCGCUUAUGGUGGUCGCCUCCAAAACAGAAUAACGCCUCUCGUUUGUCCCAGUCUUGCUUAUACAGGCUCUACUGUAUUUAUAUAUAAAUAAUUAAAUUUUUCAACUAAUAGUAUAAUUAAAAUUAGUCAUUUUAAAGUCAACUAAAUGCAUUUAUAUUUUUAACAGCAUACCUUAGAAAAGGUAUCCUAUUGUUACUAGCAACGAUGUCUUCAAUAUCUUUAUUGAUUAAUUAUAAAAAACUCGCACAAAUGACUGACCUAAUCGAUAUAAAAAUUUAAGUAAAUAAAAAAUGUAUAAACAAAAAUUCCGAUUGAAUCUAUAUGCACAUCAUAUCCCUAAGAUAUCAUAUCCAUACAUUUGGAUAAGUCGGAUAAAAAAAAGUUAAUUUUUAAUAUGACUACUGCAAAGUAUUAUAAAAUUAGUGUUUUUAGUAUUUUUUGUAUAAA